UGGCAUAAACGAAGCCAUCGUGCAACAAGCAGACGACAAGAAUAGUGGAAGCAGACGGUAGUGUCAAAAGUUAUAUGUAUGGUCACAUUAUUUAUAUCGGCUGUUAGGUUAUUAGAAACAUUCUUCAAACGUAAAUUAUUCACAUAUUAAUUCCCUAACGAAUGUAAUGGAGAAUCUCGCAGCAAAACUAUGUUCACUCUUAACAGAAAAUGCCAAUACAGCAGAACAAUGGAAGUUGUUAGGACAAGAAAAAGAUGGGUCGAUACUUGUUGGAUGGGUACAAGAAUCAAAGAAAAAUGAUGUUUGUACAUCAUGUAGUAUUAUUGCACGUUAUGACCAGUUGAACAAUAAAUUACAGAUAUUGCACCGUUUUUUGGAAGUAUUAAAUAUUGUUCAAGCUACAGUAAACCAAAGUCAAACAUUAAUAGGAUAUGUGACAAAAGAAAAGAAUCAGAAUUCAGAAAUAACUGAUUCUCAUAAAAAAUACUGUCCAAAUGAUAAUAAUGCAGCUUAUGAAGUAGAAUUCUAUAGAGCAUUUAUUGUUGAAUUAUUAAGUAGUGGUACCAAAGUACAUAAUUUAGAUAUUGAAAAAUCUAAGCAAGUACGGCUACAAUUUUUGUACAGAGAGAAGGAACAACUUGGUGUAGACAAGUUCCUAAUGUUGAUACAUCAUGAAUGUAUUUUAACAUACACAGUUGAAUUUGACACAACUGUGAAUGACUUUAGGCCAGUAAAGGAAUUAAAAUCAGAAGUACUUGUAAAAACAUUCAUAUGGGCUCAAUGGGAUAUGAUCAAUCAAGUUCUCUACCAUAUACAUCACCGGCAAAUCCCCGCGAGCUUAGUUUCCGAAGAUGAAAAUAAUUCCAAGUCUUCAAGACCCACGCUUAGUGGUCUUCAAUUUCACGAUGACUUGCCUCAUGAAACGGUGCUGAAUAUUCCGUUAAAUUUACCACAAUUACUGACGUCCUCCAAUUGCGGCACUUACGAAGACGACGUAAUACCCCUGCGAGUCCACGACUGUUCUCUAGAUCUCAUUAUGGUGUCGGACACCAAAGGAAUGGUCUGUGUUUGUCACCAUUAUCUUUACCGGCCUGUACAGCCGCCGCAGCACGUACUCAACUCGCUGAACGACUCCAAUACGGUGCAUUUCGCAUACUCGGUGACUCUGCUGCAUCAUAGCUGCGUGAUCCACUGCGUUAUACCGGGUAUACCGUGGUCACGUGCGAAGAUCAUGAGACCAACCUUCGCAAUAUAUGAGAACCACCAUAUGGCAGUGUUCGUGCCAGGACUAUUUCUGCACUUCCUCGAGAUUGGAUUGAAUCACGAGCCCUGUUGCCACAUACUGUGUGGUCCACCACCGUCGGUGCCGUCUCGUGCUUCCUAUUUGGUGCCAUUAUUCGACUUAGAUAACGCUGGAAAAGGAACAAGGAGAAACUCCCAUCACAAUAACGCUGAUAAAACAAAUUACUUGGACAGUAGUAACUCACUGCCGAGUUCUAGCUCGAGCGUGUUGACGAUAGAUUUGCCUACCUUGGACCUCGUGCAACUGACGAUUCCCACGGACCUCCUCGUCGAAGUCUUCCGUAAAGAGACUUCGGUAGAAACUCGCUUGGGAAUACUUCAUUAUUUUCUAUGUCAUAAAAAUGACAUGGAAAUUGUCGCGGAAUUAAUAUCCGUUCUUGUGGAGAAGCCGCGCUCCUUGGACAUCGUGCGUUUUAUGCAAGAGUUCCUUAUAGGUAGCUCUUACGCAUUGGUGCAAAAGAAUCUCCUCACAGACACCAUUCCUUUGUUGUCUUUGUUGCCGGUCACUACUAUAGGGGAUUAUCAGACUUUCGACAUAAAGGUGAACGACUUGAGUGUCACAUUAAGUCAUGAGAAACUCUGGAACACGUCAGUAAUGUUGCUCUCGCCGCAACAGAGACUCGUUCCAUAUCGUAGCGAUCUGUGGACUAGACUGUGGGAUCAACUGAGUAAAAAUGGUGGCGAUAAACAGAGGUUCAACCCUAGCCGUAUCGCGGAGAAGCUAUUGGUUUCUUUAGCUUGCUAUCAACCGGAGGCACUGUCCAGAUGCAAUACUCCGAUGUCGCCGAGUGGAGGUUUUGUUGCAGUGCCGCUCGGAGACCUCAUGGUUAAUCGCGGCAUCAAAUUGGAUUCCAAUUUGCCGUUUAACGAGACGGAAAGCUGCACCGCCUCGAAGCAGGAACACAUCGUGUCGGUGAAUUUGCGCGAACUCUCUAUGUACCUUCUGAAAAAUGGCACGCACACGUCGACUAUGCUCACCCGAGGCUCCUGCACCGCGUUACACGUUCACGCCAUGGCCACGAGACACGUGGCUGCACAAUUGGAAGCCUCGCGUACGCUCUGCCAGAUACUCUGCAGAGCAGCCGGCGUCGAUCCAAGGAUUGAGCAAGAACGCGGCUUUAGUCUUAUAGAUAAAUUGGAUAAAGCGAGACGAUGGUUGUUAUUUAUACUUCUGCAGCGAUAUCGAUAUUCCAUAGAAAGUAUCGCUUAUCCUGCACCACAAGGAUUCGCAUCGUUCUUCACUUACCUCGGCUAUCGCACUCUCGAUUAUUCCAUGUUUCUACAAUACAUUCAACGUUCAGUGUUUGAACUGCAGGUCGACGUCGGCAAAGCUAUUUUGGCUGAUAUGAGCGACGCGAAAAAGGAUGUCAUUCAGAAGCUAGGUUUGCUGUCCUUAAUGCCAAGAUCUCGCGCAAAGAGACUCUUAAAUCAAUGGUUGCACCCGGUUAGUUUAAUGUUGCGAGCCAGAGAACAUGCUGCGAAUAUCCUAUGUGGCGAAGAAAGUCAAAGUCGAGUCGGUAGUCGUCCCUUGCAACACCGUAAUCAUCAUAACAGUUUAGCGGCAUUUCCUUCAGAAGAUCGUUUAUCGCCAUUAGAUACUUUCUUAGAUCUGCUUACUGCAAAAGCCAGUCUUACCGAACUGGAUUUCGGAUUAUUAAUAGAGGCAACUGUCACAUCCACGGAAGACUUUCUUUAACGAGUAUUAAAAUUAACGUAGAACUAUAUUUAUGAAUAUAAUUAGCGCCGAUAACUACCAAAGAACGUUUCUUUAAGAAAGACGAUUUAGUUAAUCACUAAAAAUUAAUUAAUUAGUGGUCAGUAAGAAUCGCACACAGAAAUAUCUAUACGGAAUAUUAGUAAUAAAUAGUUUCUUGCAAGAAAGUAAUAAUGUCGACGAUAAAAUAUAAUUAAAAUUCCCUACGUAUAUUUAAAGAUUGAAGAAAUGCCUCGACGCAUACAAUACAUUAUUAUAGUCAAAAUUAAUUAUUAGUGAUGGAGUAUUUGAAAAUCUUGACUCUUGAAGUUUCGUUUAGGAUUUAUUCAGUGAAAAUAAUUAGCAACCACUUGAGCCAAUUUAUAUAAUUUUUAUAUAUACGUG